CCAUCAAAUGGAGGAAAACGUAAAUUACCGCUCUGGUGUGAACGUAUUAGAUGUUAGUAUAACAUCUUAAAAGUAUGGUGCCAAAGUUUUAAAGCGAAAUUCGGAGCCCUUCUGAUGCUAUACCCCAUAAUCGGGACUCAUAGGCGGUAGCCCACCGCAGAUAUAGAUCCACGCGCUCGAAGCGGAGGACCCGCUUUUCAUAAUUCCCUCGUUUCAAUCAUUGUAAACAUGUUACUUUACAUUGUUUGCGUUAUACGAGAAAAAUUAUCAUACAGCCGGCUUUGAAAUAUUAAAAAAAAACAAAAAACCUCGGUGGAAAAGGCAAGCUGACUGAUGCGCUUAUCAGGAAACUCACCGCAUACUAUGGCUAGCCAUACGAAGAAAUAUUCAUAGUGUGGAAAAUAUGAAGAAAGCUAUAAUGGCCUCGUAUUAUCACUUAUGCUCCACCGAAGAAAAUCCAAGGCACGAAUACUACCCGGUAGGAAAUGACAGCUGGUGCAAGUGGCAGAAAGCUCUAGCUACAGGAGCAAAUUUGGACCUUAUAGAACAUCCUGCACCACUACAUCCAGACGUGCAGAAGCACAUCUUACCAAUUUACGAAGAUUUAUCUGAAGAGAAUCUACUUGAGAGGUGCUUGGGCGGACAUACUCAGAACAAUAACGAGAGUUUCAACUCAACUGUUUGGCGGUUCGCUCCAAAGCAGCUGCACUCAGGAAUAAAAAUGAUUGAAAUUGCAGCAUAUUUGGCAACUGGCUUAUUUAACGAAGGAUAUGCUUCAGUUUUAAGAGCUAUGAGUGCUUUGAAUAUUGUAAUUGGAAAACAAGCAAAAACAUACGCCGACAAAAUCGACGAACAGAGAGUAAUUCGACAGGAGCGACGCGCCUCAUUAACUACCAAAGAGGCUCGAAAAGCAAGAAGAGAGCAACGUAUGGAGGAAAAUCAGCUCUAUGAGGAAACAGAAGGAAUAGUGUAUGGCGCAGGAAUCGCAGACUAGCUGAUAA